GGUUUUUGUUCUAAUCUAAAGAAAAAAGUCACAGACAAUGACUCAAACAUUGUUGGGUUGAAGUCCCAUGAUUGUCAUGUGAUAAUGCAACGAUUACUUGCAGUAGGUGUUCGCAAGUUUUUACCAGAAUCUAUAUCCACUACCAUCACUGAAUUGUGUAAUUUCUUCAAACAAUUGUGCUCUAGGACAUUGAACGUUUCUGAUAUGGAGAAAGCUAAGGAUGACUUGAUUGUUAUUUUAUGCAAGAUGGAGUUAAUUUUCCCUCCAGCAUUCUUUGACAUAAUGAUCCAUCUGGUUUUGCACUUGCCUGAUGAAGCAAUAUUGGGAGGACCUGUAUUUAUGAGGUGGAUGUAUCCUUUUGAAAGAUACAUGAAAAAAUUAAAAAACUAUGUCAGGAAUAAAGCUCGUCCUGAAGGAUCUAUAGCAGAAGGAUAUGUUGCAGAUGAGGCUUUGACAUUUUGUUCAAUGUAUUUCAAAGGUGUGGAAACAAAAUUUAAUCAGCCUGAUCGAAACGAAGAUGCACCGUAUGUGAAUCGACACCUCACAGUGUUUGAAUCUCAAUGUCGUCCUCUUAGUAAGGGAAUUCCCGUGCCCCUCGAUGAAAAUACUCGGAAUAAAGCUGAGUGGUUCAUAUUGGAUAAUUCUCUAGAAACUGAAGUGUAUUUAGAGUAAGUACAUAAUUAAUAUUCAUUUUAUUCUUUGUUCAAUCUACUCCUUAAUUAACAAUAUUGACAUUGUUAAUUAAUUAACAGGGAACACCUAACUGAGGUGCAACAAAGAGAUAUGGCUGCCAAUCAUAAAUUGAUACAUAAGAAAGAGUUUCGUUCAUGGUUUCAUAAGAAGAUAUAUGACUUGCACCAACUUGGGUCAUUAGAGCAUGCUGAUGAAUUACUAGCUUUAGCAUCUGGGUCAGAUCUAUUGGCUUACUCCUACCAAGCAUGUAUAGUGAACGGAGUUCGAUUUGUCUCAUACAAUCGAGAUCAGAAUCGAAUUACACAAAACAGUGGAGUGUGUGUUGCUGGAACAGAAGGUUUUAACUAUUAUGGGCAACUUGAAGAAAUACUCCAGCUGUCUUUUACUGGUUCUUAUUCGGUGGUAUUAUUUCGAUGUAAAUGGUUCAAUACAGAUCCGAAAAAAAAGAAAACCAUCACUGUAAAUAAUAUUACUAGUAUCAAUGUUAGCGGUGAAUGGUAUAAAGAUGAACCGUUCAUACUAGCUAGUCAAGCAAAACAAGUAUUCUACAUCGAUGAUCUCGUUAGAGGACGAGAUUGGAAAGUUGUCCAAGAAGUGAAUCAUCGGCAAGUUUGGGACUUUCCAGAUGCUUCAGAUAUGAUUGCUGAUGUUGAUGUUGUACAUGACACCAACUCAUCGAAUUUUGUUUUGACUGUGGAUCUCGGAGAGUUGGUUGUUCAGCAAUCUGAUGUACCAGCGACUCAAGUCAACACGGCCCAUCGACCUUCUUUAGUUGUUCAAGAAGAUGAUGGAUUUAUUAAUGACAAUGAAGAUGAUAUGGCAGACAGUGUAGAAGAAGCAGAAGAUGAGGAUGAAUUAAUUUUCGACCUUAGUGAUGAUAAUACUGAUGAUGUGUGCCCGAUAGAUGUUGAUGUAAUUAGUGAGGAUAGUGACUAUUCUACUUAGUUUUGUAUCUAGUGUUCAAUGUAUUAUACAUAUUGAGAAAUAAAAAGUUCGUUUCCAAAUAA